GUUCAUUAUCAGAAGCAUGUGAACUGGAUCAGAUGAGAUACGGAUGUCGGAUUUAUAAUGCCCAAUGUAGCUGCGGUUAUGGUUGUAAGGCUGAAUAUAGAUACGAUAGUAACGAAGACUGUAAAUUAGCAUUGAGAGGCAGACUCAACGAUACAUGCUACAGAUCUAAUCCCUGUUUGCACGGUGGCUCUUGUUCGCAAAUUUCAGCCGAUCCAGGAUUCAAAUGUCGAUGCGAGGGUACAGGAUAUUUCGGUACACGCUGUGAAAAACCUUGUCCUGCACCCAACAAUCUACGUUACCGUGGACCAUUUCCCUACGAGUGUGUUGUGAUCUGAUAAUUAAAAAUUCUUGCUUUUCUCCCUUUUUCUUUUUUUUUUUCUUAUACCAUCGAAACUUGCGAAUCUGAAAUCUUUACGUUUUGACAAUAAGUACAAAAAGCGAGUACCAUACAUAGAUAUUCUUCCAUACAUAUUUUCGAAUAAUAUACACAUCUUUGUACAUACAUAAUAAACAUGCGAUAACAAUAUUUUCAUAUUUUUAUUAUUUCUUUAAAUUUUUUUUUUUUUGUUUUGUUUUUUUGUUUCUAGAGAGAGAGAGGAAUACAAUGUACAAUCAUUUAACUAAUGGCACAAUAAACUAGUUUUUCUUACUCUCUCCCUCUCUUUCUCUGUUUCUUUCUCUCUCUCUCUUACUCACGAGAAUAUUUUUUUUCUUCAAAUGAUUCAUUCUUUUGUUCAAAUUAAUAAGUGUUUACUUAGAGAGAGAUCUACAAUAUAAGAGAAUAAUAGACUUAAUAUUUUUAUCAUUUAUUCAUUAAUAAUUUUACAAUAUAUGUAUGCACACACGAUGUGUUGAAAUCUAUGAUUCUCAUAGAACAAGCGUAUUUCGUUCUUGUUCCUAAUUUCCUUUUAAUUUUUUUUUUAUUAUUUUAUUUUAUUUUAUUUUAUUUUAUUUUAUUUUAUUUCUUUCUUUUUCUUUUUUUUACUCUUUACGUUUUAUUUUCUCACCUAUUGCUAAUUAUAUUGCCACGUAUAUCUCAUUUAUUGUUUUCAAAUGAGAACCACAAAAAAAAAAAAAGAAAAGAAAAAAAAAUAGAAAAGAAAGGACAAAUAUACAAAUGAAAUUUUUUUUCCUCGCACGAAUAAUGUUAAAUGUUUUUUUUUUCUUUCGUUGAAUUUUACAAUACUGAUUUGAUUUUACAACACGAGACUGCCUUAGGAACUUACCGAAAUGUAUAUUAUAUAUAUAUAUAUAUAAUAUAUAUAUGUAUAUGUGUAUAUAUAUAUAUGUGCCAGUAAUUAUGACAGUGGAUUAAGUUAAAGCAUUAAAAACAUUGACUUUUGUUUUAUUUUGCACUACGCUUAUUUAUAUUAUAAAAAACAUCAUGAUGUAAAUUUGUUUAAUUUUAUUUUUGGACUUACUUAAUAUACAUGUCGUAAUUACUGAUACAUACAUACAUAUAUAUAUAUAUAUAUAUACAUAUAUAUAUAUAUCAUUUAGGACAAACAUAAUUGGCCAGAUAUAAUUUGCCUUUUUUUUUCUUUUUCUUUUUUUUACAAAUUCCUAGGCAUUUGUUUAACAGAGAAAAAAUGUGAUAUAAUAAUUUCUACCAAGAAAAUACAUAUUUGUAUGUUUUCUCUAUCUCUCUCUCUCUCUCUCUCUCUCUCUCUCUCUCUCUCUCUCUCUUUCUCUCGCUCUCUUUUAAUUUUUUCCCUUCCUUACGAUGAAAUCAAUCAAUCGUAUCGUUAAAUUUUGUUGAUGAAUGAUUCAUAAAAUGAAUUGAUCUUUUUCCCCCUAGUUAACCGCAUGAUCGUUCGAUCCGUGUCAAUUGUUUGUUAUUAGUUGGUCAAUUAAUUAUCGUUCAUCGAUGUAUCUUUUAUCAAAUAGUUUCAAUAAAGCUCAAACUGUCCCAUUGACGAUUAUUAUUCGAAACAAGUUUCAGUUAUGUGUAGGUAGAUAAAA